AUGUCACUAACUCCCCUGAUAGAAAACCCAGCAAAAAUUUGUGGGCCUGAUAUGACGUGGAGAUCAACGAAACAAGACAGGGAGAUAGAAUUUUAUCGUGGGAAUUGUGUAGAAGGUGUAUUGAUUCUUGGUGAGCGCAAAAUUUCAGCAACUUUUUCUACUCUUUCAAUAAUUUUGAUCUUUGGCGCGGGUAUUAUUCUGUAA